AAACAAGACCCUGUUUCUCUGACUAAAGCGAAAGAAGAGGUCACCCAUGAUGAGCAUAAUCUUCAACACGUCCUUAGUUAUACUGAUUACUAUGGCUUUCUCCUACCGCAAUUCAAUUGUUGCAGCAGCAGCACCUUCUAAUGAGUCAGAGGCAAGUGCGCUUCUCCACAGUGGGUGGUGGCCUCGCUCUGUCACCGGCAACACUUCCUUACCUCAUUGCUUCUGGCCCGGGGUACGGUGCGACGUCUCUGGGAGCGUAAGUGGGAUUCACUUGACAACUGACUACCAAACAGGAGGUAAUUUCAGCAACAUGAACUUCUCCCUCCUUCCGAACCUCACUUCUCUUCAACUCUUUGGCACCGGACUGGUCGGCGAAAUCCCCCUUCAAAUUUAUACUUUGUCAAGACUAAGUUACCUUGACUUGUCCCACAAUUUUCUCACCGGCGAGUUGCCUCCCUUUGUCCAAAACCUCACCAGUCUUCAAGUACUCUGUAUCAGUUACAAUCACAUCAGUGGCUCUAUCCCUCUUGAGAUGGGAAACCUGAUGAGAUUGACCCGUUUGGAUCUCGAGUUCAAUGGGCUUACUGGCGCAGUCCCUCCGACUGUUGGUUGCUUGCACAAUUUACAAUCCCUCAGAUUUAGUUCAAACAAAUUAGGUGGCUCUAUCCCUGUAGAACUAGGGAACCUCGCAGAAGCUGACGAAGUUGAUUUGAGUAGCAACAACUUCACUGGUCCCAUUCCAUCGUCUAUAGGGAAUCUGAUGAGCUUGACCUAUCUUUAUUUGCAAAAAAACAAACUCGAUGGAUCUAUUCCUCUGGAAAUAGGGAAUUUGACGAGCUUGAUACAUCUCUAUUUGCAAGAAAACAAACUUGGUGGAUCUAUUCCUCCGGAAAUCGGGAAUUUGGCGAACUUGACUGAUCUCUAUUUGCAAGGAAACAAACUCAAUGGAUCUAUUCCGUUGGAAAUAGGCAAUUUAGAGAGUUUGAUCUUGCUGAACUUACAGGAAAAUAGAUUUGAUUCACCAUCCCAUCAAAAAUAGGAGAUUUAAAGAAUCUCGAACGGCUAAAUUUGAGCUUGAACAACUUGGUUGGGAAAAUCCCUCUCGAACUUGGGAACCUCACAUAUGUGCAGGAUCUUGAUUUAAGUUGUAACAACUUUACUGGUCCCAUUCCGUCAACUAUCGGGAAAUUGAUGGGGUUGACUUAUCUCUAUUUGCA